UAAGAAAUGUUCGAUAUAACAGACAGAGAAUUCGGACAACACAACAUUCCUGAUAUUGAAUUUUGUUAACUUUUGAUGUCAUUAAGGAAAUGUAUAUUUUAUAGAUAAGAUGAAUCAUGAUGACAGUCUUGUCACAUGGGAGCGUAGUCCGUGCCUGUAUGUAUGCUUUGUUAUUCCUGGUUAUUUUUGAGUUAUUCAUAAACUUUUCUGUGCAUAUAAAGACAUUUGAAUUCAUCAGGAAAUAUGAUCUCUUUAACUUGGAUAUUUCUCGUUACACUGUGAAUUUGAACUCAUCCAACUCAUCCAACGAAUGUGACUGGAUCAGCAAUUCUAGCAUAAGAGAUACAAAAAUAAUUCUGGACGGCCAAUGCAAGUCAGUCAGGACAUGCUCCGUUAGCCCUUCUGGUCUUGUUGGGCCCCUGGGAACAUAUACAAAUGCACCACCACAUGAGGAACUGAUUAAACUUUACCCUCUCGUGCAGCCAGGAGGCCGGUAUACUCCAAAUGAGUGUACAUCCCGCGAGCGUGUGGCGAUCAUAAUUCCAUUCAGGGACCGUGACGAACACCUGAGGAUUUUACUCCAUAAUCUACAUCCUAUGCUACAAAGACAACAACUUGACUAUGGGAUUUAUGUCAUAGACCAGAUCAAUGGUACUCAGUUUAAUAGGGGGAUGCUGAUGAACAUUGGAUACGCCGAAUCUGUUAAACUCUACAAUUAUACUUGCUUCAUUUUUCAUGACGUAGACUUGAUUCCGGAAAAUGACCGCAUAAUGUAUGACUGUAACGGAAGUCCGCGUCAUUUGUCGGGUGCAGUGGACAAAUUUAAAUAUAAGUUACCGUACGUUACCUUGUUUGGUGGUGUGACCAGCAUUAAGCGAAAACAUUUUGAGGUUGUGAAUGGAUUUUCUAAUAAGUUCUUUGGUUGGGGAGGCGAGGACGACGACAUGUUCAGAAGGUUGGUGUAUCAUGGCUUCAAGAUAUCUAGGUAUCAAAUGGCCCUAUCAAGAUACAAAAUGAUGAAACACCGCAAGGACGCAGGAAACAAAGUGAACAAACGAAGACAUCAUUUGAUUAAAACGGGAAAAAGAAGAUACAAACGUGACGGAAUCAACAGACUUCUUUAUGAAAGGCUGGGAAUAGAAUUCCGCCUCCUUUAUACCAGGAUCGUAGUGUCUAUCAACGAAACCGAUGUCAUGCAUAGAUGAACGAUGUUGUGUUUGCCGUUCCACAAUCUAAAUACAAAACAUCAUCAACUGACACACGGACAAACAUGUUUUAAAAUUAUCAUUACAUGUCAACUAGCGGCCACACUGGACAUCCCGCCACAAACAUCAUCAACUGACACACGGACAAACAUGUUAAUUAUCACGUGUCAACUAGCGGCCACACAGGACAUCCCGUCACAAACAUUGUUUACUGACAGCUUAUCUCUACGUUAUACUAGUACAUGCACAUAAUAAACUUUUACAGUCGCUGCACUUUUUCAACAGUUAUAAGAUAUACCUGAA